UGCGUUAGUUGCAUCCGAGGGCGCACACAACACGGAGGGAGUGCGUCUGUCAAUGCGCCACCCGUGUUAAGACCGUUCCAGUCUGCGUUGAAUGUCGCGUGCAAACAGGUGCGAGGAUUUUGCUGCCGAUGGCUUGAAAGUACACCUAAAACGAAGCACUUUUUAAUAAGUUAAUAAGAGACAGGAAGACAUUUUUUAAGCUUUUGAAGAAGCCAUACUGGUUAUAAAGCCAAGAAUCAUCGAAGAGUACCUACUACUGUGCAAAAUUGUUUUUUAUCCAUUCUAGUGAAAAAUAAAAUCAACGGUACGAUGGAUUUGAUGAAUAGUAGAGUGCUUGAACCUGAAUCCAAAAUGGUAUAUCAUGUAAGCUUUAAAAAAAUAUACGUUUGGAGGAAAUCAUCGACAAUCACCAACAAAAUGGAAAACUGGGUGAAUGAGAAAUUGGAAACAAUACAAAUGCGAUAAUAUCACCGAAUAAUAAAACCAAAAACCAAAAGAUAUCGAUGUCGAACCAUUUAACCAGUUUUAAUGCGAUGUGCAAAAACGAAAGUAAAAAAUGUUAUGGAGAUGAAAAUGUCAACGAAAAACUUACAACCCCGAUGAUAUUUUUUUCCUAUGGCAUGCUGCUCACGGUUAUUGGCAUUGUGGGUUUGAUUGGAAAUGGUUUAGUUCUCAUCGUAUUUACCAGAUUUAGAAGAUUAAAAGGUCCGUUUUCGACGUUCGUAUUAAACUUGGCCACUGCCGAUUUUGCUACUUCGAUCUUGCAUUUUAUGUCAGCAGUAUCUUCAUUCAAACACGAAUGGAUCUUUGACGACAUAGGAUGCACAAUAUAUGCUUUCGGAGUGGGACAAUUUGGUUUGGUUUCAAUUGUCACUCUUUCGACCAUAGCAAUUGAAAGAUACUUAGUGAUCACUGCGAAACCAGUGUCAGGAUCUUGGAAGUUAACGCGACAGGGUGCAACGAAAGUGUGUGCAUUUGUAUGGAUAUACUGUUUAUCAAUAACAUUGCCACCGAUUUUCGGUUGGUCAAAAUACGUAUUGGAAGGAUUCGAAACAUCGUGCUCGUGGGACUAUACAACCAGGACCACAUCGAAUAGGUUAUUUUACAUUUAUAUGUUGUUGCUCGGAUUUGUUUUGCCAGUCUCAAUCAUUGCAUAUUGCUAUAUAUUCAUUAUUGUGUCAAUACUCGACCACAAUAAAGAAAUGGCAGAUUGUAAUAGCAAUGUCGCAUCGUUGGGCACAGAGAGUUGGGAUUACAGAUUAGCAUUAAACGUUACCAGACGAGGUCAAGCAGUACCUAUUCGAUCUGCACUAAGAACGUCUUAUAUAAUCUUAAUCCUCAUUGGAUUGUUUGUAGCGUCUUGGACUCCAUAUGCUGUUGUCACGUUUGUUGGUCAAUUUGGAAACCAAACAAAGAUAGAGCCGUGGAUUUCUGCUCUUCCAGCCAUAUGUGCUAAGGCGUCUGUAGUGUACAAUCCAAUAGUGUACGGCCUCUCUCAUCCGCAUUUUCGUUCAUCGAUCCGGAACUACAUAUCGGGCUGUACGACGGUGGGCCAUAGCCACACGGAACUGUGCACCCCGGGACGCAACCAUCGGUUAGUAACGAACAAAAGUCUGAACCGAUUCGCUUUGCUCACUGGACAAGACAAGAAUCGUGCAAAUGUCGUCGAACUGAAGUGCGUACGUCACCGAAGAGUGCCGCCGGACUCAAAUUCGAUUUGCGUGGAUUACUACAGUGAACCCGACUGCCGGAGCCUAACGUUGACAAUGGAACCGAACCGGGGUUCGGCGAUCAUCAAAAUCGAUAAGGUGCCAUUUAAAGUCGUCAUGUCCACUAUCAGAAGUAAAAGCGUCAACGGAAAAAUAAACACGAUGACUGACAAAACAGCUAGUUUCGAAGAUUCAAAUGAAAAUCAAAAUGAAGAAGUAAAAAGAAACAGUAUAUCUGAUCAGUUUGUAUUCGAUUUUUAACAUUCACCCGUUUACUUAAAACAUUUUAUUAUAUCUAGAAUUUAAAAUUUAAUCAAUGCUAAAUAACAUUUAGAAUUCCACAAUAAUAAUAUUAUCUGUAUUGUUAAUAUGUUAUAGAAUCGAUGUCAUUGUAAUUUUUGGACUGACCAGGGUCAGUAUAUAAUAAGAACAUAAUAUACAUUUUAGAUUUAAUUAUAUUACCUAAAUGCCAAUUAUUAUUAUGGAAAUAUAUUGACCUUUACCUGUAUUAUUUAAUUAUUACAAUAUAUAGGUAGUAGGUACAAUGUAAUAAAUUCCGUUAAAGCCAAAAAUUACACACUAACUCAGAUGAUGAUAAUAAUGUAACGUGUUGUGUGUAGUUAUAAAUCGCCCAUUUUUAUUAAAAUAAGUACCUAUAUAAAUUCGUUACCAUUUCAAUAAUUGUAUUCAAUUUGAAUUCAAUUUUCUCUUUUGAUAUUUUAUGAUGUAUAUUAAUAUUAUUCUUAAUAGCAUAUUGUAGUUAACUUUUUUUUCAUUCUUUUAAUACUUAAGCAUUAUAAUUUAUAUUUUAUUUUAUUCUUUAUUGAAACAUAUGAAAUUGUAAUUUUGUAUAACUGGUAUAUAUUAAGAAUUUAUUUUAUUUUAGCAUAAUGAAUCUUUUGCAAUAAAUAAUAAAGUAUUAUUUUUUUCGACGAAA